AUGGCUUCAACAUCUGCCCCUCCACCCCCACCAAUUCUCAACACCAGUCUCGCUCUGCACCGCACGUUGGCAGAUUUCCUUACAGUCGCUAUUCAUACAAUCCUGUACACUCGCGAGCUAUAUCCAGCAUCCACAUUCCUCACAGCUCGAGCCUAUAACUUUCCCGUCCAUCAAAACCGUCACCCGGCCGUCUGUGCGUGGAUUAACAGCUCCAUUGCAUCCCUUACACCACUCCUCGCAUCUAAUUCCGUCAGUCGAGUCGUCAUCGUCAUAUACUCAUCCAGUCUCGAAGUUCUAGAACGAUACCUCUUCGAUAUAAGUCGCUUUCCAGUGGUGGACGAGAAGGAAAAAUACACAGAGUUUGAAGGCGCAAAUCGGGGCAUGAGCAAUAUUGUGGACGUUGAGGAGCAAUUGAGAGCUACGAUUGGCAAAUUAGAACAUACUGGGCGGAAGCUGGGGAAGUUGCCAGAUAAUUGCACAUACACGAUGGCGGUGGAGUUGAGGGACGAGGCUGAUCCGCCCAUCGGACAUCCACAACCUUGGAUACCUACAGAACCCGGACUCCAAACUGGGGAUGGUGGUGGAAGUGCAACAAUUGGAAAGGACUUGGGAGGCGUAAAGAGUACGCCCGUUAGGCUCGUGGAGGCAGGAGAUUUUAUACUGGAAACUUGGGUCGAGGAAGGGAUUGCAAAAUACGAAGACAGCUCUGUUUCAUGA